AUGCAUUCUCAUUGGUGGCGAAUUCCGUUAGACGAUCGAGGAAUGACAGCCCUACACGUUGCAGUGAGCAUGGAACAAACUAGUUUUGUACAAAAGUUGAUGGUCCGUAUGAACAGCGAAGAUUUGGAAAAUCACAAGGCAAAAGGGAACACGGCUUUUUGUUUGGCUGUGUUAACUGGAAAUGUGAAAAUUGUUAAAAUUCUGUUUCUCAAGAAUCCAAAGUUGCUAUGGAUCAGAGACCGAAACGAUAUGCUUCCAAUUCAAUUAGCAUCUUCUGCUGGCCACAUUGAUUUGACAGAAUUCUUAUUCCGAAAGACUUCAGAUGACAAACAAAAGAAGCUACCCUUAGCAGACGUCGAGAAGCUAUUUUUGUCGACCAUGAACAACCGUAUUUACUCCGUGGCAUCACAAUUAUUGGAUGACCAAUCAACACUCGUUACCGCAAAAAACGAAGCGGGAUUGACACCUUUGCUAAUGCUUGCUCAUUCUUCCUUGUGCGAGGGAAAUAUUGCCCGUCAACGCAUUGAAGAUUCGGUGUUUAGGGCAAUGGAGGAUGAGAAAGCGACUAUCGACAGUGCACAAUUGUCAAAAGCAAUGUUCGAUGCAGCAGAAUCAGGAAACACUAGGAUUUUAAAACUUCUUUUGGAGCACCGUCCUGAUUUGCUAUUUGAAGUGAAUUCCAGCAAGCAAAGCAUACUUCACAUUGCUAUUCUUCAUCGACAUGAAGCUAUAUACAGACUAAUAUUAAGCAAGGGGGCUGACAAGAAUGCUUUGAUAAAAUUGGUUGAUGAAGACGGUAACAAUGUUCUUCACUUAGCUGCAACGAUGACACAACCUAAAGAAAAAUCCCGACUAUCAACAGACUAUGUUGUAAUGCGUAGUGAGGAGAGAUGGUUUCAGAUUGUGGAGAAAAUAGUUCCGCAUUCAAUGAAAACAAUGAGAAAUAUAAAACAUGAGAAGACUCCUGAAGAAUUGUUCUAUGAUUCACACAAAGAGUUGCACAAAGAAUCAAUAUCAGGACUGCAGGAUGUGGCAAAUACAUUGUUAGUGGUAGCAACUCUGAUCAUCAGCCUAGGGAUCAGCGGAGCUAUGGCCAUUCCUAUCGACAAUAUUGAUGGUGCAGAUACUCCUUUUUUUAAAAGGAAGAUAUGGUACUCGUUUUUCUUUCUAUCGAUUGCAGUUGGAACAUGCUUCUGUGUUUCAUCUAUGUUCUUCUAUGCUUCGGUUAUUCUUCCUUCAAGUUGGGCAAAACCAAAAGAAGAGUCCGUCCGCUUGCGGCAAACAAAGUUGGUAUUUGGGAAUGUGGCACUUUUCAUCUCUAUUGGACUCAUGUUUACCGCUCUGAUUUCCGCUUCCGUUUUGAUAUUUGAAUUAUUAUCCAGUUGGAUCCUUUAUUUUACUUGUGGACUUGGUGUAGUGGUGUUGAUUGUGCAUCUUACACUUGAUUAUAAGCGAUGGAUUGGCAUUAUAUGCUCAGUGCUAUCUUUUAUGGAGGAUGCUCCAUGGACGUGGGCAAAACUGAUAUGGCCAAGCAACAUGAUCCAUCUCUUCCUCUCAUGGGCAAAGAAAAAGGCUUAA